AUGCAACUCGGGACUGCAUCUGAUACCACUAGCGAUUCGAGUCGUCCCAGCAUUCCCUCUCUGCUGCGUUCAGGACAAGAUAUCUUGCAAGGCAAGACUCAAUGCGCCAAGCUGUAUGGGAUGUCACCAUCGAGCCUACCUCGGUCUCUCGUUCGAGAACCCUCCGAGAAACGUCUGAAUAAGCAUGUGAUACCGUCACUCACGACCGCAUUUCCCCACGAACCUUCCGAAGAAUACGGUGGGGCCAUGACGCCAGGAGAGUGGGUCCCGUUCACCCACCCGCUCGGAUUCCUCUACUUCUUUCACCCCGCGAAAAGGAUUUGGACGAGCACGUACAUGUACAGUCGACCCCACCACGAGCAAGUCGAGCAGUGCAUUUCCCUACUAGAAGACGUUCGACACGGCUUCGCCACGUCCGACGCUUUGCAACGACUUCCGGAGCGGUACGAGCUGGUCGUGAAUGCGACUACGGACGGACGAACGGGCGGCUUCUCGUGGGGGUACUACUAUAUCGACCACGCCACGCUUUCCGUCUUUUGGUUGGACGAGAGGGAUCUACAUGAUGAGAUGGCGGAUAUGCCAGGGUCGAUAUCACCGGAUCAUAUAUAUCAUAAGAUUCAAGAGCUCUAUUGGCGACAUAGCUACCUUUUCCCUCAUGAGGGCCGGAUCUCACAAUUCCUCUCCCCAUCGCUGCUCAAGCUGCACGACUGCAUCAGAUUCUACCUGCUAGAUCGUUCCAUGUCCUCCGACAGCGCUUGUCUCUACUCGAAAUCGCAGCUCGAGCAGAUGCGCGACGACGUGAGGAGCGCGCGAGAUCGGUUGAAGGCAGAAGACCCGUUCUCACCGGACCUCGUCUCUAGUCUAUCCCAAAUCCAGAUGUGCAUGGCCAGACAGCGGUAUCGCAAUGCGCAUGGCCAACCUUUCGUGCGCCUAAGCGCUACCACCAGCAUAUUCCCUCCACCUACCACAUGGGCCGUAUACCCCGGAAGCUUCACGUUCGGCGUCAUCUCCAACAUCAUCCUCCUGGGAGAACCGUUCGUCAUGCUGAAAGACCUGAACGCGGUGAUGGUGGACGGCAUGAUGCUGCUAGCCGGUCGGAAGGAGCUCCUGGAACGACUGGCGGUGCAGUGGGGACAGCUACUGAUCCUCGGAACCGUCAUGCUGGCCGUCAAUGUAACCUUCCUCGCCAUCCCCGGCGUCGUCCCCGACAUCUUCGGCGAGGGCGGAUCAAGAGAUUGCGCGCGAUACUCAUACAUCAGCAUACUCUUCGGCCUCGCCAGCAUCGCGGCGACAUUGGCACAUGUCCGGUAUACUCCGAUCGAUCGGGACGAGACGGUGGCGACUACAGCGCCGUACGAGCAUCUGCACUGGUUCGGGCCGGAAGUCGUCGCGACGCUGUACAGCACGCCCUUUGCGCUUCUACUGUGGUCGAUGAUCAUGUUCAUAGUGGCCAUCGCCAAAGCGCCGUUCUCUCCUGUCGUCCCUCCGGUGGUGUACACGUUCUUGGCGCUCUUCUCUGUGGUACUGGUGAUGCACUACGUCACGGCCUGGUUCGAGCCGCGGCUGGAGGUGUGGAAGGAGGCUAGGGCCCGAGCGUGCAAUACUGUUAAUGGGAUGAUGUGCAAGAGAGGCACUCCGAUGUCUGGAGAUGGCGUAGAGAUGGGUCGGUUUGAGGCCUGA